UCGAUUGUUACCACCUAAACUGUACUAGUAGCGUGCGCGUAUUUUACAAUUAAAAAUUGCCCAAGCAAGUAAGUAAGCAACUCGAUUUUCGGCAAACAAAAAGCGGAGAAGAAGAGGAGGCAAGCGAAAAUAAUAGUGCCAGUGUGUGCGUGCAAGAGAGAGCGCGUUUCAGCAACCGUCUGUGUUUGUGUGUGUGUGCCCGCUUGCGAUUGUGUGUGUGAAGGGACGCCGCUAAAAAAGGCGCAGAAAAAAAAGGAUUUUCUUUAUUCCGCUUGCUAAUUAAAUCGCUUCCAAACAUGGAGGAAGUUGCUGUUAAGAAGCGCGGCCGGCCACCAAAGUCCGGUGCUGGAGGAGGCGGAUCGUCAGCCGUGGCUACAUCGCCAGGCGCGAAAAAACGCGGUCGUCCCGCCAAGAAUAAGGGUGGUGCUGGUGGCCGGGGGGGUCAGCGGGGUCGUCCGCCCAAGGCGGCCAAAAUCCAAAAAGACGACGACGACGACGAGGAGGAAGAGGAGGAGCCAGAGCAUGAGGAGGAGCAGGAGGCCUCCGACGAGGAGCAGAACAACACCUCCCCCCCGCCGGCGAAGGGCAGGGGUCGUCCCAAGGGGAGCGGUGGCGAGGGGGUAAAGACGCCCGGAUCAGCCGCCAAGAAACGCAAAGCCGGCAGGCCCAAGAAGCACCAGCCCAGCGACAGCGAGGAAGAGGAAGAACAGGAUGACGCCGAUGAUGGUAGCAGCGUUGAAGAGAAGCGUCCGUUGGGUCGGCCACCGACUGGAGCCGUCCAGCUGAACAUACAGCGCACGGGACGCGGCCAGGGAAGACCGAAGAAGAAGCGGGCAGUGGUGUAUAAUGGCGAUGGCGAUGGAGAUGACGACGCCGAUGCCGAUGGGGAGCAGGGGCCCAGGAAGCGCGGUCGUCCGCGACAGCACAAGUCCGGCAGCACCGCCUACGUGCCCACCGGUCGCCCACGCGGUCGUCCAAAGGCAAAUGCCGCUCCGGUCGAGAAGGCGGUGGCCGAGGACAAUGGCGAGGAUGAGGAGGAUGAGGAUGAGGAGGCCUCGGUGGAGGAGGUGCAGAGUUCGCCAGCGAAGACGCCUGUGGCGCCGAAGAAGCGAGGACGCCCCUCCCUGGCCGCCGCCAAGUCACCCAAGGAGGGCAAUCCCAAGCCCCGUGGUCGUCCCCCGAAAGUAACCAGCGAUGACGCAGACGACGCCGAUUCCACCGACCAGGCCGAGCACAACUCGAAGGAGAAGUCGAACGAUGAGGGACGUCGCCCGGGCGGAUCCCCCACAACCAAGGGAGAUGGCCUUAAAUGGAACUCCGAUGGCGACAAUGAUGCCAACGAGGAUUAUGUUUCGGACGUCUACAACGAUGCCGAAUCGGUAGCCGCCUAAAAAUUUAAAAAUACAUUUCCACUCACCACCCCCCAAAACCAACAAACAAAAAAAUGAAUAUUGAAAAAGGAAAGGAAAUUCAUUAUCUACUAGUAAGAUGAAAUGAAACCUUAAGCACACAAGACCACAAAAUACAAAAAACCCAGAAGAGGUCGAACAGGACUCCUGAGAACCUUCCCCUCCUCGAACAACAAACUAUAACUACAUACAUAUUCCGAUUUAUUGCAAAGAAAUCGGAGAACGCACUCCACUGUAAUGACGUGUAAAUCGGAAAAUAUUGUUUAAUUUGAUUUAAAUUUUCAAAUAAAUAACAUAUAUGUAUUAGAGUA